CUCCCUCUCUCUAUAAUCAUACUCCCGGAGUUUCAAGCUGGCGAUCGAAAAUCAAGAAUCCACUAUCCGUGAAAUCAAGCCCAAUAACAGAAGAAUCAUGGGAGCUGGUGGACCUGAUGAAGAAAGCAACAGGUGGCCGCCAUGGCUGAAACCUUUAUUAAGAGAACAAUUCUUCGUUCAAUGCAAGGUUCAUGUUGAUUCUCACAAGAGCGAAUGUAAUAUGUAUUGCUUGGAUUGUAUCAAUGGCCCCCUAUGUUCUUGUUGUCUGGCUUAUCACAGGGAUCAUCGUCAUAUUCAGAUAAGGAGGUCUUCGUACCAUGAUGUAAUAAGGGUAUCGGAGAUACAAAAAUACCUGGACAUAACCGGAGUUCAAACCUAUGUAAUAAACAGUGCUAAGGUCGUCUUCCUCAAUGAAAGGCCUCAACCAAGGCCUGGAAAAGGUGUCGUCAACACUUGUGAGGUCUGUGAUCGAAGCCUUGUCGAUUCCUUCCGCUUUUGCUCUCUCGGUUGCAAGAUAGUUGGGACAUCAAAGAAGAGGGAAAUGGAGUCCGAGGAUUCAUACAGCAGCAGUAGCUAUGGAAUGUCAACGAACAACAACAGAGAAAAAGUGAGAAGGUUUAGUCCUUCGACACCCCCUCCAACUGCGGUUAAUUACAGAAAUGCCAAGCGUAGAAAGGGUACUCCCCACAGAUCCCCAAUGGCAGGACUAAUCAUACAAUAUUAGGGCAUGUAGCCUUUACAUUUUAGAGAUAUAUAUUGUCCCAUGGCCUUAAAAUAUAUAUAGACAAAGUGAUGGUCACAAUGCCCGAACUCUUUCACCAAAAAGAGCUGGCAUUGUCACAUUCCCUUCCCGUUCUCGUGUGUCGUGUAAAUAGAAGCAGCACAAACAUACAAGUGGGGAUGACAAGUGGAAAAAAUAGUCCCAAAUGUU